UCGAUGUUAAAACUAUGCCGUAGUUCCUCAUUCAUAAUAUUUUCGUAAUAUGUGGUAUUCGGAUUUUCAAACAGUAUGUUGGAAUUUCAUUAGCACAAAUUGUGCUCUUUUUGAGUUUACUUGUAUUUAUAUUCUUUUGAUAAUUUUUAUCCCUGUUUGUAGCCACAUCCUAUUCCCUGGGGUCAUGAUUUGAACAUAAUUGAAUAUGCAAUAUCAGGAAACCUUCUUGUAAAUUUCAAAUUUUAUGGACAAGUAGUUCUUGAGCAAAACCUUUUCAAAUAUUAUUUCUGGUAUAUUCGCAUGCAACACGUUGACCCCCCCCCCCCCUUUUGUGGUCCCACCCCUCUACGGGAGUUAUGCUUUCAAGAAACUGGAAUAUUCAUUAUGUCAGAAAACUCUCAGGUAGAUAAAAUAUUUUCUGAGCGAGGGGUUCUCGAGAAGAAUUUUAAAUGACCUUCAAAUUUUUUUUUGCUUUGUUUAUUAUAUCCCUUUUAAAGGGGACAUGGUCUUUUAAUUGAACAAAAUUGAAUACUUAAGUGCAAAGGUAAAAAAAAUCGAGCAAUUACAUGUAUCAUUAGACAAUUCGGAAUUGAGAAGAUACCAGAAAAUAAUUUUCUAGCAUUCACAAUCAAGCAAAAAAUAUGAAGAAAUUUGGCGUUUUGAAUAUCCCCAUCUAAAUGAAUGAACGGGUAUGGAAUGAGACGUGAACUUGCAAGCAAAGUAUUGUUGAUUGAUUGUAUAUUGUUUAACGUCCCUCUAGAGAACCUUUCACUUAUAUGAAAACGUUACCAUUGCCGGCAAAGGGCUGCAACAUUUAGCCCUAUGCUCGGCGCUUAUAGCCAUUGAGGAAAGAAGGAAUAUUUAUCGUGCCACACCCGCUGUAACACGGGCCUCGAUUUAUGCGGCCUCAUCCGAAGGAGUGCCCCAUUUAGUCGCCUCUUACGACAAGCAAGGGGUAAUGAGGACCUAUUCUAACCCGGAUAUCCAGGGGAAGCAAGCAAAAUACCUACUGAAUUUUGGAUCUGAUGAUAUUCAUAUGGAGCUACCAGUUGACACAGAUAAAGAAGGGAAACAACUCUUGAGUAUUUUGGACUUUGGUGGACAGUGUGCCUAUUACGCGUGUCACCAGGUCUACCUCAGCAGAAGAGCCUUCUAUCUUCUAGUCCUCAACAUGUCUAAGGCAUUUGAUGAGAAAGUUGACCCUUCACUCUGUGAACAGGAAGGGACCAUGUUUACUGACUGGAGCUACGGGGGGUACUUGUUGUUUUGGUUGAAGUCAGUACAUACCUACUGUGACAAUGACGCCCCAGUGAUCAUCGUUGGAACUCAUCUAGAUCAAACCAAAGGACAGAAUUCCAACACACUCUACAACAGCAUACUGGAUUACCUCGAACACAACCAACAUCUGAAGUCACACUUAACCAGAGAACACUGCUUCGUUCUAGGUUUUAAGUCGGAUGGUUCAUCAUUCCAGGACACGCUAUCUGACCUAGAGAAGUGUAUGGUUUCAAUUGCUAAACAAGAUAGAUGGAAGGAAACCAUUCCUACAGACUGGGCGCUGUCUGAAGUCGUACUCCGAGAACUCAGAGGACGGGGACAAAGAAUGAUAUCAGUUGAAGAAUUAUCGGAAAGAUGUUUUGGGAAAAACAAAGAGAAAUGCAUACAAAUCAGAGAUAUCCUGAAAUUUUACCACGAGAUAGGCGUUAUAUUACACUUUGACGAGGAUUCUCUUGCUGAAACUGUUAUCAUUGACAUCCAGUGGUUUGUUGAUUCCUUUAAGAACAUAAUAACCGAUCCAAACCAUGUCAGGGAUUUUGUCGAAAACAACCGCGAUUGGUUGGAGUUUAACGAAAACGGCCAUAUACAAGACAAUCUAUUGACUAAACUUUGGACCAGUCGGAACUUUCAAAUUAAUCGCUGGAACAAAACAAACUUGUUACAAUACAUGGAACGUCUCGGUCUCAUCUUUAAUGGUCAAAGGGUGCAUUAUAUCCCUUGCAUGAACAAGCGGACUUUUACAAUCCAACAACAGAAAGAUUUGCAAUCCAUUGAAAGUAAAACAUCAGUGUUGGUCUUUCAAUUUCCUUUCCUGCCAUACUUCAUAUACUUCCGUCUGAUUGUUGCUUGUUUCACAAAGACCAGUGGAGAAUGGAGAUUUCCAAAAGACGAGCACCUUUCUUUAUAUAAAAACCUGGCGUAUUUUGUCUAUAAGAAUCACACUGUAGCCCUUGCUGUGAAUAGAUAUUCCAUUCAACUUCAGGUUUUUCAACGCAACAGAGAUUCAAUCUCAAAAACUGUCACAUUGGAAAUCCGUGACGAUAUUGAAAGAUUACUCAAUGAUCUAACCAGAAACUUUCACAAGGAAAUCAUGUACACUGUAGGAUAUCAAUGUUCAAAACAGGAAGUGUUCGGUGAACACAAUGCUUAUUUUGUUGAAGAGAGAGAAAUCCAUGGGAAAGGCGAACAAACGUGCCCAAUACACGAAACAGAAAAUCAUCAUAUCCUGAUAGAAUCAAACCUCCUAUAUUAUUGGAAUGAGGAUGUUCAGGACAAACCAACAGGGCCAUCCAUUGAUAAAAUGUGUUUAUCUGAGCUCGAUAUGUCGAAAUUCACCAUGGUAAUGGGAAAAGACUUCGAAGUAGUUGCUAAAUACUUGCAAUGGAAACAAAAUGAGAUUGACAUAUUAAAAAUGGAAACUCCAUCUGUGAAGACUGUGAUACACAAAAUCCUUCUCACAUGGAAUCGCAAACUUGGCCCUGCUGCAACACUGGAGAACUUGGAGAAAGCAUUAGAGGGCGCAGAAAGAGACACUGGUGCAGGCGUGAACUGGGAUGUGUUUAAUCAAGCAAAGAAGGCUAUUCUGGAAGGAAGAAAUGAACUUAUGCAGUAGAUACUACACUGCGAAGGCGGAACUACAUAUGUAAAUCUGUUGUAGGUUGAUCAAUCUAAG